AUGCUAAACCCCCUUGGACUCAAAGAGUUAAAGUAUUUCUCUGUAGAUCAGUUGUUACAUAACACUUACAGUAUUUCCCUGUUUGAUCAGCUGUUAUAUAACAGUUACCGUAUUUCUCUGUUUGAUCAGCUGUUACAUAACACUUACACUAUUUCCCUAUUAGAUCAGCAUUUACAUAACACUUAUUAUAUCUCCCUUCAUGCCAGUUCCUUAAAGUCACCACUCCAUGGUCUGUGGGAACCAAAUGAUUUAAAAUUUGAACCAGACAUUCCUGAGUUUAAAGAGCUACACAUCCGUAUGAAAGGUUAUGACUAUCCUAUACUGGAAUCAUACGCUAAAUAUGUUCACAGAGUGGUGAAGGUCAUGUUUAACCUGGAUUCUGAUGCUUGGCCAUCACCAGCAAAAUCCGUGCAGAUCCGAACUUUUCUCCCAGGCUCCACAUCUGUUAACCAGAAGUAUGAGCUCAGUGAAUAUGUCAGAACUGUUGCAGCAGAGAAUGUCCCAACAACAACAGUUCCCAUACUUCUGCAAUUUAUUCAGAAGAAUUGCCCACAAGGGAUUCAAGUUGCCUUAAAAGAGCCUGACCCUGAAGAUGAUGAGUUCCGAUAUGUUCCAGAUUAUGAAAUUCUGGAACUACAAGCUCAGAAGGAAGCUAUAGCAUCUGGAAAAAUAAUUAAGAAAUGA